CAUAAAACUGAAGAACACAGCAGAGCUUAAAUACUGCAGAGACUCGGAGACAGAACCACACAGAACCUCAGCUCAAUAGCCAGAGAUUCUUUAGUAGGAAAGAUGCUGUGUGAAGGUAAGCUGUGGUGUUUGGCGUUCGAAGCUGAACCCGAGUGUGUAAAUCCUCCUACAUGUGACACAGUACCAGCACCAUCAUCGUCUCCGCUGACUUAUCCCCUCUCAGCACAAACCCCUGUCCUCUCACCUCAAGAGACUCACGCUACAACACGAACAAAGACCCAGCAGAGCGAAGCUCACCUUCCGUCUACCGCCCCUGCGGCAGGACGGCAACCCGCCCUAAGUGUGGAUAUCCCCAGGCAGGCAGACACCACAGAAGCAGAGGCAUUUUUAGUGCCUUCGAGCUGCCACAGCAUCUUUCAGCAUUACAACGAUUUACACAUUGCUGGUGGCCAGGUGUUGCCGCUCAGCCCCAGUGCAGGGGAUGUACAGGGCAAUCACAUUCAGGACCCCCAGACUGGGCCCUUUCUUCUGUCUGGAGAUGUCCCCUCACCCUCCCUUCUCCCUCCUCUUGUCCAUGAGUUCAGGGGCUCGAGGCGCUGGAGGGAAGAGAGCGGACGUGAACGGCCCUCUCUUCUGCAGUUCGGCCGGCCCCUCUCUAACUCACAACUCAACGGCUACCUGGAACAGAAGCUUCUGGAGCUGUACAGGGAGUACCUGACCGAGGGACCCACGGCGACAAGGCCGGUCAUGGCCUCUGAGCUACUGCAGACCAGCCUGGACCAAAUGACCCUCCAGCUGAGCCGUGAACAGAACAUGGAGACGGCACGGGCCAAAGACAUGCUGCUCAGCUGCCUGCUGAAAGUCACCAGCAGUUAUCAGUCCAGCGAGAUCAGCACCCCUCUACUGCAGAUCUCCACGGAGACAAAGUGAGAUGGAAACGAGGCAGAAGUGGGAAAAGAAACGUUGUGGCAGUAAGACCAAGGAGAUGGACUUUCACAUAUAGCGUGUAACAAGUUAUAGCUUGAAACACAUUAAUCAGUCAUUUCUGUAAAUUGUAAUGUAGUAAAUCUGAAAAAUGCAAUCGUGCUUUUUAACUGGAAUGCUGCCGAUUAUUCAAGGUGUCUACAGUUAUCGAAAGUCUGGAUGAAUAAAAUCUAAAAAAAAAGGCAUGGACAUUUUUCUGCUGAAUAUAAAAUAAUGUUAAGUGCUCUAAUGUUUCAUUAUCAAGAAAUGACUCUCUGCGAGUCAGCUUUACUUUAAUAUUAUUUAUAUACUAUGAUAGUACUUUUUGUGUUUAGUUUAAGUUUCUGAAAUAUUGUU